AGCCAAGCACCGCUCAAACCGUUCGCUCCCGACGGAGCCCCGUUCUUUGUGAGAAAACCAUGGCCAUGCGUUUGCGGGGCUUGGUGCUUUUGGCAGUUGCAGCUGCACUGGGGCUGCACAGCACUAGUUUUGUGGGCAGCGGGCUUCCAGGCCGCACCUCUUCCACUGCUCUCGCAGCAGCAAAGGCUCCUGCCAAGACUGCCAAGAAGGAGAAGGCACCUUGGGUUGGACCGAAGAAGGGCUCCUGGGUCAAGAUCCUCCGUCCUGAGUCCUACUGGUAUCAGACCAGGGGCCAGGUGGUGAACGUCAACCAGAAGCCUGAAGUGAAGUACCCAGUGACCGUGAAGUUCGACCGAGUCAACUUCUCCAACGUGAACACCAACGGCUUUGCUCUUUGGGAGGUGAUCGAGGCGGCAGAACCUGGUCCUGGUGAGGUCUAAGCGUGCAAUGGCGGACGUGGGACCAGGUGUAACGUGCAACGGUGUGGCCUUUUUUUGAAGAA